AGAGUCCAAGAGAACAACAUCCACCAGACCAGAGAGGCUCACAUACAUGUUUCAGAUGAUUUCUUCUUUUCCUCGUCCAGUUCUACUGAUGGGAUGAUGGGAAGAACAGUUCCAUUUUUUCCCAUCAUCAUUGGUUUGGCUGUUAGCUUAGCUGUUAGCAUCAUGUUUAAUUUAGCAGGGGUCUUCUUUGUGUGCAGACAAAAUAGAACCAAAACCAAGAAAAGACCCAGAGAUGAAGCUGAAAGAGGAGAAAAGCUCCUGACAGAGGAAACAGUGAAGAUGAAGCUUUUUGGAAGAAGAAAUAAAAAAAUGAAAGAUGUAAGAGACAAUACAUGAAACUGUCUUUGCUCCAUCUACUGGUGAAAUGAUACAACUGCAGGUUUUCUCCUCUCAGGUCAAUGAACUAAAGGAGGAGAAGAAGAAGCUGCAGGAGGAGAUGGAGACCAGAAACAAAGAGAUGAAGGAGAUAAAAGAUGAGAACAGCAGCAGCUCAGUCACUCUGGAGACGUUAAGAGACAUCGAUGUGGUGGUUAAUCCCAAGGACUGCUAUAUCGUUCUAAGAAACAUGUCUGAUCAGGACAAACCACUGGGAGGACGUCAGUUAAAAGUCCAGAUCAACAAUAGUGAACCCAUCACAUACACAUUUGAUUCAUCAAAGGAACUCAAGGCUGGAAAGUCUGUUACUAUAUACCGUCCAGGCUUUGCUACACUCUCUCCUGACCCUGGUGACCUGGUGUGGGAGGAGCUGAAGUCCUGGAUGUUUGGAGACAGAGUCCAGGUCUCUCUGCAGUGAAAUAGUUCCCAGUUGAACUCCUUCAAUAAAGUUCAGUAAUCCAGCAAACAGCAACAUUAUAGAUGAGAAACAGCACGACUCAGAUCUUCCUGCAGAAACCA